AGCGCCCAACAGAGAGACGGCAUCCGCUCCUGGCAUCCGCAGCUGCUGCGCAUCGCUCUGACGGAUUUUAACUCGAUACACAUCUCAGGAUUUCUUAGCGUUUUCCUUGAAGGAGAAGGGACUUUUGAAUAUCACACAUAGAAAACAUUAAUCUUCCAUAUCAUAAACAACUGGAUCGUUAUUUGCUGUGGCUUUUGUUGGAUAUUUCUGAUAAAAAAAGAUGCCUGCCGAUAUGAUGGAAAAAUCCUCCUCCUCUCCCGUUGCUGCAACCCCGGCAAGCAUGAACACAACUCCGGAUAAACCCAAGACAGCAUCGGAGCACAGAAAGUCUUCAAAACCUAUAAUGGAAAAGAGGAGAAGAGCUAGAAUCAACGAGAGCUUGGGGCAGCUGAAAACUCUCAUCCUGGACGCUCUCAAAAAAGAUAGCUCCAGACACUCUAAACUGGAGAAGGCGGACAUCCUGGAGAUGACGGUGAAGCAUCUCCGGAACCUCCAGAGGGCUCAAAUGACCGCCGCCCUGAACACCGAUCCCACUGUUUUGGGGAAGUACCGUGCUGGAUUCAGUGAAUGCAUGAAUGAAGUCACCCGGUUCCUGUCCACCUGCGAAGGUGUGAACACCGAGGUCAGGACGCGGCUUCUCGGCCACUUGGCCAACUGCAUGACCCAGAUCAACGCCAUGAACUACCCCAGCCAGCAUCAGCACCAACACCCGCUCCCUUCCACCGCCGGGCCAACACAUCCUUCCUUCGGCCAGCCCAUGGUUCAGAUCCCCAGCUCGUCCCCGCAGGUCCUGCCUAUGAACCCCGUGUCCUGUAAAGGAGGCUCCUCGCCGGCCGCUUUACCUUCAGACGCCACCAAAGUGUACGGCGGCUUCCAGAUCGUGCCUGCCACAGACGGACAGUUUGCUUUCCUCAUACCCAACGCGGCGUUCGCGCCCAAUGGCCCCGUUAUCCCCGUGUACGCCAACAACGUGAGCACGUCUGUGCCUGUCCCGGCCGCGGUGUCCCCCGGAGCCCCGUCUGGCAACACGGAUUCAGUGUGGCGACCCUGGUGAAAAGCGGGGGAAGACCGCACAAAAAAGGAAAAAAAAAAAGAGACUUACAAACGACACUUACUAGUUCUCUCUUUGUUCAAUGUUAGAAAAGUUGUUUUGAAUCUUUUUUCCCGUAAAAUGGACAGAGUAUGCACUAUAUUUGUACAGCUAACAAGGGAGUAAAGUUCAUAUUGAAAUGGGAUUUGUAUUGUGGAAGUCCGUUCACUGCAUUUUUAUAUAUUUGACUUGUCUUUUUUUACUGUGUGACGCCAAAGAUAUGUUCAAUGCUAUUAUGCCGUUCUUCGUUUUGGAAGACAAAAUAAAUUUGUAAAGGUAUUAAAACAAUG